ACGACUCUGUCCUCCGCACAGUCAUGUAACCCCGGUCCCACUCCUCUGCGCGCAGAGACACCGCUGAUCUCUCAAGGCGCCACCCGUUUGUCCCCAGACGCCUUUGAAAUGUCUUGGGCCUGAUGAGAGACAAACAAUUCAUACUGUAAAUAUCUGGGACGGAGAGGAAAAAUAGGAAACAAAUGUUAAGUUUCAACUCACACGCAGGAGUGUAAUGAGUUAAGACUUUGUUUAUUUUAAAAGGGGGGAAAAACAUGUACUGGAAUUACAUUAAGCACUUUUUGCGUAGAUUUUAAAGUAAAAAAGGGGGCACUUUCACUGUUGCUCGAGUUCCUGUCGGGCCGAGCCCGGGGUGGUAAGUAGGGCUGUGACUGGAUUUCUCCCGGGCCAGCGCACUCCAAAUUCCUUCCCCGUUGUUAAGGGAGACGGGUUCUGGAGUCAUGGAGAAGCAAGCGCUGCUGGUCGCCGCUUUCCUGCUGCACAUUCUCGCUGUUGCAGGUGAGAUUUUUUUUUUACUGUUUUAACCAAACCAUACCUGUUUCCGCGUAAAGAAACGGCGUGUUUUCCGCGAGAGCGUUACAAGCGUUUUUAAAAACUCCCGUACAGAGGAUACUGUUGGAUUUUAAGGAGUCUAAAACAUUUUUGAGGGGUUUAUUUUAAAGCCUUUGUAUUUAGGCUUCUUAAUUAAUCAGCUGAUAUUUUGGUAUAUGUUUACUGUUUGUGCCGAAGAAAGCUACGCUGAAGGUUAUUCGAGUUUGCGGGCAGGUACAAUGCUACACGCACAGCACAUCGACAUGGCAGGGUCGUACUUUGUAAAAGUCAGCAAAAAGAAGAUGGAGGAGACCGUGAGCAGCAGAGAGCAUUCCCCUCCCUGUCGUCAUUUUAAUUAGUUUUGAUCAAUCAAAUCAGGAUUCGGUAAACUACAAAACCUGCCGCACUUCCAAGCGCCUUGGGGAGCCGGAUUCAGGGCAGGGCAGUCUGGUGUGGGUUGGCGCUGGCGCUGGACUGGAGACUGCGUGAAGCUGUCGUGCUCUCCUGUGGACGUGGGCUAUUCGCGAGCGCUCCCCUGGCCACGGUAAUUGGUGUUUAUGAGUGUGCCUGGUGAUGGGCUGCCGUUCUGACUUGCAGACAGUCCUGCCCUGUAUUCUGUGCUCCAGGCUGCAUCAGUCCUUAACCGGGAACAGGCUGCUAUGGGAUGAUGGAGAGAACUCACAUCGCAUAACACUCCAGUUCCAAUGAGGCCCCGUUACAGAACAGGUCAAGGUUUAGUCCUUUACUGAAAGGAAAAGAAAGGCGUUCCGCUGCCCGAGCCUUCUUCAGGUGUCAACACACACCUGCAGAAGGCUCCACAGCUGAAAGGGGGUGUUCCUUUUCCUUUCAGCACGGACUGAACCUCUACCUGUUCCACUGCAGCCUGCGCAUGCUGAGGCAGGCCCCUGCCCGGAAUUGACAGAUCUCUUUGUGUAGCUCACGGUUGUGUAGCUGUUCCUUUAGGGGCUGGCGUGGUCUUUGAAAUAGACGGUCCUGUAACGGGAGCCGGUCCUGACUCCCGUGUAGUGUAGUGCAUCUUUAGGACCCUAUGCAGACGGUAAAAUUCGGAAGAGACCGGAGAAGGGUAACAGGGAAACAUGACGGGAUCAGGAUGGGUUGACUGACGGGGGGGGCGUGACGGCUGUGCUCCGGUGCUCGGUGAGGCCUGGCGCGGGGCAAACAAGUCCAAAACAAUCCGGAAGGGGAAACCAGGCAGCAGUCCAAAAGUCCACUGCCGGGUGAUCCAUCCAAACAGACAUAGGAACGGGGAACGAGGACGAGGAAUCAGGAACAGCAAAGUAAAAUCACAUCGGAGCCGGGUGCUCUGAGCCCCGGACCCAGACGGUCAGGAGGCCGGGGAAUAAGACCCACCCUUGGGCUACGCACGAGCCCGGGGAACAGGCAAGCCUUGUAGCGUCCAUCUUCCAACGCAGAGUCGAGAGCUACGGAAAACGCCACACUUAAAUAACAACCAGCAAACAGGGGGCAGGCGCACGCAAUAUCGGAACUUAAAUAGGAAAGGGUAGGAGCGCCCUCUAGAGGAGGGAUGACGAUCGUGACAGAUCUGGCACUUCAUUCUCAUAGCCACCCAGAGCAAUCUGCAGAGAGGCUCCCGCCAGAGGGUAACUCUUCCUCGUGUUCACUCUCGCUGGCAGAGGCUGUGGGGUUUAGCAUCAGGAAUGCGCAGCUGGGGAGGUGUGUGCAGAUGUGGGCGGCCAAGGGCAGGGGCAGGGUGUCUCUGGAGGACUGCGCGCCCGGGUCAGAGCUCCAGCUGUGGCGCUGGCACCCGGACACCCAGAUGCUGACCAGCCUACGGACUGGGGAGUGCCUGAGCGCCCCGCGGCUCCGGGAGCACGAGCCAGUGCGCCUGCAGCCCUGCCGGGCGGCAGACGGGGAGGGACAGGCCUGGGGCUGCUCCAGAAAGGGCCACCUGACCCUGCAGGGCAAGGCGCUGCACCUCAGCGCUCGGCUGGGCUCCGCCAAGGUCUUCCUCUCCAGAGACCGCGGCCCCAACAGCAAGUGGAGGACUCUGGGCAACCAGAGCAUCUGCGCCGGGGCUACCCAGGCCCCCUCCCAGCGUCGCCAUGACAGCACGGCGGCCAUGACAACCACCGCUCAGCGCCUGGAAGCACCACCCGCCUACAGCACGCCCCUGUCUGGCAGCACAGUCUCCUCAGAGAAGGUUGACUUGGGUGCCCCAGUGGGAGAUGACUUUGCACUGUCAGCCCCCACUGCUGCAGCCUGGAAGAAUGAGCUCACGCCUCUGCCUGACACCAGCGUUCCCCCGGCGGAGCCCUCUGUAGCCUUCAUUAGUGUGGACUACGGGGUGAGCUGGAAGAUCGCCAUGCUGGUCCUGUGCUCCCUGGCUCUGCUUCUGGGCUUGACCAUCCUCAUCCUCAAUGUCCACUACAACAGGAAGAAGAAGAUCGUGUGUGUGUUGAAGUCCUACAGCCGGGGGGACACGAGCGGCCAGGCGGGCCGUGGGGUGCCGGACGAAAGGGCGCCCCUCACCCAGCGCCCACCCCAGCCCUCCCGCUCCCCCUCCCUGCGGCGCGGGGAGAUCCUCAUCGAGUGGAAGGACGGGACGGUCACCCCUCUCUUCGACAACGGCAGCUACCUGAUAGACUGACGGGGGCGCGUCGGCGCGGGAGUGCCCGUGUCAGGGCGCCCGCGUGUGCAUGCACACGCGUGUGUGCGCUCAUGUGAACAUUGCCGGAUCUGCAUGUAUGGAUUGUGCCUGGAGGGCGACGAGGAUUCUGAAUUAUUCAUCAACGGUUCAUUAUAUAGAAAUCAAUCUUUUAUAAUUUAGUGUGUUCCAGGAUAACCUCUCCCCCUUUUUUUUCCUCCCAUAUUUCAAAAUUCAGAAUCUUAGUGUUUGUAUUUCCGCUAUGAGGAAAUGCAGUUUGAGGAGCGUCUCCAAUAUUUUGCUCAGACUCUUACUAGCCAACCGUUAGCUUAUUCGAACCAAGGGGACAAUAUUUCCGUCCCUUGAACUCUGACCGUGACUUCGGGAACCCAUCUCGGGCCAAGGAGGGGGUUGUGGGCCAGCAGUGGGCUCAGUCAGGGCAGAGCGAUGGGCGCUCAGUCGCUCAGAUUUAAAUCAGUCGGUCAUGUACCCCAGUGUGCGUGGGUGUGAGAAAGCUGUGUCACAUUGCGUUUGUGUGUUGUAGAUCCAGCAUGUUCUUGGUCUGUUGCUGAGGGUAAAUGGGGAAAAGAGAGCUGGACAGGAGUACCUUUUAACAGAGCUGCGAGGUGUACAGGUUUUACCCAGUACAGAAGGAAACUCUUUAUUAAUAAAACAUCCCCUUUUAGAAAUUGUUGUCAAGAUCGCACAUCAUUUGUGAACAACUAAUUUU